AUGAUUAACUUAAAUUUGUUUUCUCUCUUCCAGCAUGUUCCCAUAGCACCCGACGAAACUGAAGAAGAACUUCCCGAAGAAGAACAGAGAAAGCGAGACGCGUUCAAAGCUAGACGGCGGUUGCUUGCCUUGGAAGGUGCUGACGGUCUGGAUUUGAAAGCUGUUUUGGCGCACCGGGUGUCCUUGGUAGACAACGUGGAAGAAGAGGAUGAACCUAAUUGGGAAGACAAACCCCGGACGGAAAAUACAGUGAAUCCAAUGGGAGCUAGCUUUGCUUCACAAUCGACUAGUUUUGAUUCAUGUACAGCUUACGCGUCACACGAGGAUGGAGCGAACGGUGCGAAUCACAUCACUGAUUCAAUGAAUUCUUAG